AUGUCACAGUCCUGGAGCACAUGGCCCACAGCGUGCCAUGAUCUGUACUCGGGGUCGACGUUCUCGGGCAUGCAGUCAAAUGGCGUUCGGAGCUAUGCCGUGGCGGUGACAUUCAAAUACGUUGACAUGGGUGUACCAGAGAUGUGUGGCCACUUUACUAUCCGCGGUCUGACCACGGAGCUGCCCAAGCUGACGACAUUCUUUGACGUGCAGAUUGUGGGUACCGGCAACCACAGCUUCCUGACCAAGCAGUGGGACGCAACCGUAGAUACCGACCGGACGCACUGGGUAACUUCUUUCGCGGCAUUUAAGCCUUACCGCAACACAUUUGACCUGGGCGACUUUGCGUACACCAUGAAUCUGUCGGACAAAUUUAUAUUCAUGCGGUGGAAGGAGCGGUUCGUGGUUCCCAACUACAAGCUGAGCCGCAUCAGCGGCGCCAGCUACGACGGCUUCUACUACGUGUGCUAUGACCGUGCAGCAGCCUCCAUCAUCGGCUACUACUACCACAAAGACUCUGACCACUACCAGUGCCUACGGCUGGACCAUGUAAAGCAGUCUUCAUUCCCGCACUUUGAGAUUGCAUAA